AUGUUCAACAUCUCGAGCUUGGUGCAGAAGGCACAGUCGUACAUCGAACCGACGCUGAACAACAUAGCUGCCCCAGCCACGACCGACCGCAGACCCUCCAAAGCGACCCUCUUCCGCCACCAGUUCCGCCUGCCUGACACCCAGAACCCCCUCCAGGAGAUCACCGCCGAGCUCACACUUUCACCCCACCACACAACGAGGGGUCCUGGGGACGUCACAUCUGUGGAGAAGGAUCGGAGCCAGGGCAAUCACUAUGUCGGGAAGCUGCACCUUAGCGAGCAGUAUCUCUGCUUCUCAACGCAGGGCUCCAGCUUUGUCAACACGGCCACGCUGAGCUCCAGCAGCAGCUUCACCGGACAGACACACGGGGCAGGGCCGGCUGGGAACGGUUUCACGUUGCCGCUAUGCGGCAUACGCAGGGUCGAGCGUCUGCAUAGCCAGAGCUACAUGUUUGCGCUUGCCAUAACGACAUGGAACGGGGUGCCCGACUCUAAGACACAGGCUCCUGCUGGUCAGAAGCUCACGAUCCAGCUGGCGGGGUCGCGACAAGCUUGCGAGCGCUUUUGCGAUGGUCUCAAGAAGGGCUUGAGAGAGGGCGUCAAGGAGGUGGAGAAUCUGAGAAGAGUGGUGGGACACUGCUAUUCGGAGUACCUCUUGACCGAUGCAGAGGAGAAGAAGGCGGCUGAAGACGGCGCGAAGCCUGGCAAGGAGCAUCCGGAUACUGGCCUGGGCAUGAUCUUUCGAUACCCAGGUAAUGCCCGGAAACUGAGAGACGCGACCAAGAUCAGACUCUGGCGCGAGUAUCUGCGAGACAACGGGCGAAGUGCGACACUCAUUAGACAACCUACCUUCCACAAGCUCAUCCGUGUUGGCUUACCAAACCGAUUACGCGGCGAGAUGUGGGAGCUCACGUCCGGCGCGUUCUUCCUUCGCCUACAGAAUCCAAAUCAAUACACCCAAACACUACAAAAGUUCUCCGGGCGAGAAUCGCUAGCAAUAGACGAAAUCGAGAAGGACUUGAACAGGAGUUUGCCAGAAUACCCAGGUUUCCAGAGCGAAGAGGGCAUCGGCCGGCUGCGCAGAGUCCUGACAGCUUACAGCUGGACGAAUGAGGAAGUCGGCUACUGUCAGGCAAUGAACAUCGUUGUCGCCGCGCUUCUGAUGUAUGUACUGCCCCUCCACAACGAAUGCUGUGAUCUGACUAGCCAAGAUACAUGUCUGAAUCCUCAAGCUUUCUUCCUCCUGUCCGUGCUGUGUGACCGCCUGUUGCCUGGCUACUACUCGCAAACCAUGUACGGCACACUGCUGGAUCAGAAAGUCUUCGAGUCGCUUGUUGAGAAGACGAUGCCCAUUCUCUGGGAUCAUUUGGUCAAAUCAGACGUUCAACUGUCUGUAGUUUCUUUACCUUGGUUUCUUUCACUCUACAUCAACUCUAUGCCCUUAAUAUUUGCUUUCCGUGUACUAGACGUUUUCUUCCUAGAAGGCCCGAAAGUCCUCUUCCAGAUCGGACUUGCCAUCCUUCGUAUCAACGGUGAAGAGCUACUCGACGCUACAGACGACGGCGCCUUCAUCUCUGUCCUCAAGUCGUACUUCUCGCGACUGGACGAGUCAGCGCAUCCCAAGUCGGAAAACCCUAAGCUACGAGCGGUCACUCGAUUCCAAGAGCUUAUGGUUGUGGCAUUCAAGGAGUUUGCUGGUAUCACGCAAAACACCAUCUCAGAACAGCGAGGGAAGCACAAAGACGCGGUCUUGGAGAACAUUGAGAAUUUCGCCAAGCGCACUUCUAUCAGGAAUCUUGGUCCCGAGAGCAAGAAGCUAAGCGUUGCCGAUCUGGGAUUUUUGUAUGACAAGUUCUACGCUGUGCUCUACGAGCGGCAACAGCGAGCGGAGAUCAUGCAGCAGGAGGCUGAAAGAAAAGCGAAAGCUAGUAAGAUGAAAGCGAACGAGAUUGUCACUGGGAUUCCAGGCAACAGUGCGGAGAAGGGCCGAGUAGCUCUUGGACCGAGUCCGACCCAGAUGGACUACGAUGCUUUUAGAGAGUUCCUUGCUGGUAUUGCGAAGUGGGCUAUCACCGACUCCCCUAGCUCUCCUGCCGAAGCCAAUAACACCCAAGCAACACACUCUUACUUUGGCAGCAGCUUGAGGAACAAGCCACCAAUGUCACCUUGGGGAUCCGGACCGGAGCCAGCAGAGCAUGAGUUCAUGCGACGUUUGUUCCGGCGAUGGGACGUGGACAUGACUGACUCCCUGUCGUUACAAAACGUCGUAACCGGAUUCGCUCACGUCAAAGGAACCAAGGACAUCAUGUCCAAUAUUAGCUACUUCUUUGAGCUGUAUGAUGAUGACGGCGAUGGCAAGGUCGAUCGCGAGGGCAUACUACGGAUAUCAGAGGCCCUUUUGUUCCUGUCCCGGAGAGGGGUUGUGGACGCAAGCCCAUCAACAUCGACGACCGAUAUUAGCAACAACCCAGAACGGCUCACUCGCGACGAACAGUUCCUCAGCAGUGUCUCCGCAUUCAUUCGAAGGUGUUUCGAAUACGCCGAUCCUGAUCACCCAUCAAAUCAAGACAGCCGGGCAGUGGAGCAAGCGAAGGAUGGUGUAGACAAUUUUGCCAUUGGAGAUGAUGACGAAGAAGAGGACGAUCUCAUCGACUUUGGCUCGGAGCCAUCUACACCCAAAGCAUCAAAGACGCCCGUCAAGUCUAACAAGAACCCGCUCUCUCCGGCCGCGUCAACACACACGACAGACUCAGAAUCAGCAGAACGCAAUCAAAAGGCAGAAUCAGCCAAUCUCGCACUCGACCCCAACAAGCCCCUACACAUCACGCUACCUACAUUCAGGAUGGUCAUCCUGGCAGAUGAGGUGCUCGAGCAGUUCUUUGAGGUUGGCUUCUCAUCAUCCUUCCGUCUCGCUGAUGAAUCACUACCAUUCUCUUCCAGUUCUGCAAACCUAACGACUUUCUCAAAUGCAGGAAAGCAAGCAGCCGGCGUGGGCAGUGGUAUGGGCGUUGUUGGCGGUGCAGGAGCUGGAGUCGUCCCACCAGGCAAGGGUCUACGAGGCAUGCUGGACAACAUCGUCACAGAUGGCAUGCGCGUCGCAGCAGAGGUCAGGCGCAGAUAUGACGAAGCACAAAAGGAGCUUGACAGGGAGGCAAGGCAUGGUAGGGAAGACGACGAUGAAGAUGAAGACGCAAAGGACUCUGAUCUCCUUGAAGGUGCGGAGACUGCUGGCGUGGAUGUUGCGAAAGGUGAUGCUCCAGAUCUAUUGUCGGCUGGUAGCCCAAGUGAGAUCAAGACAACAAGGAAUCGGUCGGCAAGUGAUGCUAGUAGAAGGGUGUUGGAGUUUGAGCGAUAG